AUGGAGCCCCGCAUUUUGUUUUUGCUGCUGAACAUCAUCGCCAUGGCCUUGCUGCUUGUCUUGAGAGCAGUGCUGCAGGCGCUGAGGAGAGAAAGAGGGCUGACUGAUGGGGCCUUUGAGGCUGCUGCUCAGCAGGGCCAAGGGCCAGCAGCAGCAGCAAGACAGCAGCAGCAGCAGCAGCAACAGCAGCAGCAGCAGCAACAGCAGCAACAGCAGCAGCAGCAGUCGCAGCGAGAAAUGCAGGAACCGAAGCAGCAGCCGCAACAGCAACAGCAACAGCAGCACACGGAGCAGCAGCAGCAGCAGCACGAGCAGGACAAAGAGACGGAUCCUUCUGCUGCAUCGCUUAGCAGCAGCAGCAGCAGCAACACCAGCAGCAGCAGCAGCACCAGCAGCAGGACCAGCGCCAAAGAUACGGCUGGAAAUGCGAGUGGCCCUGCGGACAGCAGCAGCAGCAGCAACAGCGGCAGCAACAACAUCAGCAACAGCAACAGCAGCAGCAACAGCAGCAACAGCAGCAGCAGCGACAGCAGCAGCAACAGCAGCGAAGCUAACAGCAGCAGCGCGAGCAUCAGCAGCAGCAACAACAAUGACAGUAGCAUCGGCUUCCCCGUCAACAACAGCAACAACAGCAGCAGCAACAGCAGCAGCAGCAGCAGCAGCAGCCCAAGUGAUGCGCAGGGGCCCCCAGCUGACCCCACAUUUUGCCUGCAGCAGGAUAGGGCUCCUCCUGCUUCCAGCUAG